AGAUUCGGGUUCCGGGUCAUAUGUACGACAAGAGACAAAAGCCAAAAUGGCGAGGCCUAUGGAGCUAGGGCUGUGGAAGGAAGACGAGGAAUGAAGCCAGCCCCGGAACUAUAUCUCGACCAGCGGUAUGGAGGCAGCAAUCCGGUAUUCGCAAAACUCCCUUCCGGGAACCGAACAACGGUUCCUACAUGUCGAUGUAACCGGAAAGGUGUUCCGUCUCUGCAAGAUCAGAAAGGAAAGCAGACCAAAGGUCCAAUAUGAUACCAUUCACACGGCGACAAAGGUGCCGGCAUUUCGUGCCUUCGACUGGCACCCGGUAAAGGAGGAUCUGGUUGUUGUGGGACAAGCCGGUGGAGAAGCCACGCUUUUGAAUAUCGCAGAGGGCCAACAAGACUCUUUAUCGUUCCAAGUCAGAAGUCAACGGUUGUGCAAUUCAGUGGCCCUCAAUACUCAGACUCUGUUAGCAGCAGGACUGGACAAAGUUCGGACUGACUUCUGUCUGAAUGUCUGGGAUUUCAAUCAACGUCUCCCUGUGCCAGGCAGGAAAGGGUUUUCCAAGGUCUACUCGGAUCCGAUCCACAAGCUUGCAAGUGGCGAGCCCAUCACCAGCUUGAAAUUCUUCCAGGACGAUCCUCAGCUGUUGGUGGCCGGGGUCAAGGGCCAGUUUGUCAGGCUGUAUGACUUGAGAGAGCCUGGUGCCGGGAAUAACGGGCUACAAUUUGCUACGCGAUGCGUGCACAAUCUAGCCAUUGAUUGGAAGGAUGAGAACUACUUUGCUUCCUGUUAUCCCACCAAUGAUCCUUCGAUAUGUGUCUGGGACAGACGCAUGGUUAGCAGGGUCAACGCUCCACACCUCAGUUUUGCUGGAAGUGGCGGAGCGAACUCAGGGGACAAUCGACAGCCCGAAGUGUCCUUGGAGCUGAAGAAUGUCAUUGACAACCCCGGCACGAUCUGGAGUCUGCGUUUUUCGAAAGCUGAGCGAGGCUGUCUGGGUGUCCUCUCGAGCACCGGCCACCUUAAAGUCUUCAACAUAACCAAAGAUUUUCUGGCUGAGACUCAUCAUCAUGACGAUCGAGAUGCUAGCAAUGAAUUAUCCUGGGAAGCAUCGGCGCCGCACGAUGUGUUUCUCGAUCGCGCACAAGAGGUCGCAAAACCGUACUCCCACCCUUCCUCCUCACAAGAUGAAAAGUCCCGAGUUGUCUCGUUUGACUUCAUGACCUCGACCACAAAGUCCAGACAGCCGAAGCUCCUGGUGCUCGACGGACACGGACGCAUUCGAGUCACUUCGACCAAAUCUCCGCCAGAACCCACCGCCUUGUCGACAGUGGGAUAUAUGUGUAAGGGGCAAGUUGUCGUCGCCCACUCCGCUACCGGAGCGACAGAGCCGGGUCCAGCUAUAGAGCAGAUUCGCAGACGAGCGCAACCGCGAAACGUGCUCAGACAAGCAUUCAAACAGUCUCGGCAAAAUAAGACAUCUUUUGACAAGAAAAGGAUGUCCAGCCUGGACGAUCAAGCGUGGUACGCCGAUCUAGGAUUCUACGAGAAAGACGUACCACUUUCGGAUAUCUUGACACUGAUGGCAACACAGCGGUUACGUUGUGAAGCCGGUUACUUGCUGGAUCCGUCAAAGAACAAAGCCAUCGUCUCUGAUUCGCAUUGGUUACAGUCAUUCUGGAGUUGGGUGGAGAGAGCCUCCAAAAUUUCCAGGAAUGGCAACAUGACGCAAGACAAUGUUGAUUUGUCGUACAUCGGCGUAUAUGGCCUGUGGAUGGAAGACAUUGACACCCGAAACCGAACGCUGGGUCCCACGUCCAACCAAGUGGCGAAGAUCAUUGAUACCUUGGUCCAUCGCCUGAGCUUGCCUCGAGUCAAGGGCUGCCCAACAGAAUAUGCUGCGAACAGACAGAUAUGUCUCCACUCUGCCGGCCUAGCGUGGUCUUACGAUGAGCUCGAGGUCAUUGUCAAACGGCUCGUGGCACAGAAUCAACAUACCAAAGCUGCUGCCCUCGCCAUGUUUGCAAUGGAGCGGAAGCUGGCCUAUAAGGCCCUCCGCAGCAAGAAUGCCAAUCAAUCUCAUAAGAUGCUUGCCAUGGCAAUUGCCGGCGCGGCAAGGCAAAGUAACCGAGAUGCAGCGGAGACAACCACCGCUGACGACUCCGAUACUCAGGAUGACUGGGCUGACACGAUCAGCUCUUUGGCCGAUGAAUUGACCGAUCCAUAUGCGCGUGCCAUCCUAGCCUAUGUGAAGACAGGCGAGUGGUCCAACGUCGUUGGGGAGACAUCUCUCCCACUCAAAUACCGGGUUUGCGUUGCCCUGCGGCAUUUCGACGACUCCAGUCUGACCCAUUACAUCUCUCAAGCCACUAAAGAAGUUUUGGAGGAAGGUGACAUCGAAGGAGUGGUUCUUACCGGCACGGCGACACAGCAGGCUUUCAACCUGAUGGCGGGCUAUAUUCGACGAUUCGGCGACUUACAAACCGCCGUGCUGGCUUUAGCCCCCGCUAUACCACGAUACGUCAGAGAGGAGACGGUGGUGCGCAGAUUCGACGCCUGGAAGGACGCAUAUAGACACAUGAUGAAUGGGUGGAAUCUGAAAUUCGACCGGGUUCGAUUCGAUAUCGCAUGUCAAAAAGUCGCGGUUGAUGCAAGUGGCAGACGACUCCUGGCGCCCGCCAAACAGCAAGUGCGCCUUGUCUGUGGGUUUUGUGCCCAAAGCAUCGCCCACACGGCGGCCGGCAUCAACGACAAUGAUGGCGUGUCGUCCGGCCGCAAGGUCGUUGAAACGCUACAGAAUCCUCUUACAAAGGAUAAAGCGGCCGCUAUUGGCACAGUGUGUCCCAGCUGUGGUCGCCAUUUACCACGGUGCGGUGUCUGCGACUAUUGGCUCGGUAUCCCUGACGAAUCGUAUUUGCCAUGGUAUGCUCCACGACAGGUAUCGAAGACUAAUGGGGCCACCGACCUGAGCGCCAGUAUAGCCGGCAGUGUGCAGACGACAAUUGGACCCGGACCCGGAGCUGGAACUGGAACUGGAACUGGAACUGCAAUGAUAGGGUCGUCUAAGAGCAAAGAGUCGCCUCGGCUGAGAUUGCCAGCACCAGCACAGUCGCAACCAACUUCAAAGCAGUCAACAACAGGCACCACCGAGUCGUCGACUCGUACUGCUGUCCCCCCUUCACGUCGUACUAGCACAGGCGAGAAGCCCUCAGUGUCAAGCAGAGAACAAGUCGAGGAAGCGUCCCAACCUGACGUGCUUCGGAACUGGGGUUCGGCCAUGUCCCGGUUCACCGUGCUGUGCUUGAAAUGCUCGCACGGAUGCCAUGCUGCACAUGCCAGAAUGUGGUUUGAGAAGCAUCAUGUGUGCCCUGUGCCUGAAUGCAGCUGCUUGUGCAAUGCAUGACGCUACCCCUGGCAUUGGCACGAACCUGCGCUGGAGAAGUUGAGCCUCUGGCAGAGCACGCAAACGGCUCAAAGGAUGCGAACAUCGUGGUGGACGAUAACAUGCUCUUGGAAGAUCCUGUGGUUGUGCCCUUUCCGCGAGAGUUGUAUUAUAUAUAUCAUGAAUAAGUUAGUACUUACAAGUUGACCAAGUGUAGUCGAAUUCCUCACGAUCCCCACCCACGGUGGCCAGCGAUCGAGAUAAGUCUUCAGGAAAAAUGCUGUGUGCUUCGAAUGAAGCUGGUGGAUUCCACAUGAGGGGAAAAUCACUAUCCGUUGGCGAGCAACCAUAUCCUAUUCGAGCAAUGUCUUUCGAUCUCAUCUUCAAGCCAUCCACUUGGAUGCCACGAUAUGCUAAUUCAAUUGCUCCUCAUCUUGAUAUGUGAAUAUGGAUCAUUGCACCGGACAGUAGAUGGCAAGAUGGACGAACACGAUUACGUCUUCCCUGAUGAUAGGGACUGCGGAGCUCUUGAUAGAUUUCCACCCGUUCGAUCCAUUAAAGAAAAGGAAAAAUCGUUGCUUCCCAGAGCAACUAAAUCGCGGGUCACAGUCACCUGAAGAUAUGUCCUUGAGCCACAAUCUUGUGCUAUCUCAACCCCGAGUCCCGCUUAAUCUCUUCGUCCGAAUGGCCCUCCCUGAGAUCCUUGAGGUACGUCUCGAACCGUGACGAUACCUCAAUGACACGCUGCAGGUGCCGGUACUCGAAGAUUUGCUUGUUAUAUUGCGCCAGUUGCCUUGCGGUGGUAAUGGUGUUGCGUAUCUCACGGCCAUUAAGUUGGUGCUUACCCAGCUCGUCGAGGUGGUCGAGGACGUCGUCUGCAUUGACAUUGGGUCGAUCCAGCUCGCCCAGUCGCUUUAUAAAAUUCCGCCAGAUCUGGCGUCGUUGGGGCUCGAUCAACCUCUCAUAGUGCAGGGACAGCUGGAUACGUGACUUGAAGGCCUCGUCAAACGUGCCCACGCGAUUCGAAGUCAGAAUGAGGAUGCCGUCGUAGUAUUCAAGACAGCGCAGGAAGACAGAGACCAAGGCGUUUCGUUGCAGCUCGGCUUGGCCUCGUUCUUCCAGAAAGACAUCCGCCUCGUCGAGUAGAACCACUACCAAGCAUUAGCCAACUAUUCACUGUCCGCGCCGGGCGUGGAGUGGACAGCUUACCACAG